AUGCCGAGCUUCGCAACGAGGUUUAAAGCUGCAAUAAAAAAGAUGGAUAUGCAAGCAUCAAAAGAAUUCCUAGCCGAACUAAAGGUUCUGACACACGUUCAUCACUUGAAUUUGGUGCGGCUAAUUGGAUAUUGUGUUGAGGGCUCCUUAUUUUUGGUUUAUGAAUACAUUGAGAAUGGAAAUCUAAGUCAACAUUUGCGCGGCACAGGAAGGAUCCAUUAUCAUGGGCAGCUAGAAGAUGUUAAAUCAGCAAACAUUUUGAUAGACAAAAACUUCCGCGGAAAGGUUGCGGAUUUUGGUUUGACAAAAUUGACUGAAUAUGGUAGCUCCUCGUUACAAACACGCCUUGUCGGGACGUUUGGAUAUAUGCCUCCUGAAUCAUAUAUUUCACCAUCUGAUUCAUGUUUUGAACCAAAUGAACGAGUGAAAGAUGAUAGUAGUUGUGGUGGUUUUGGUUCCCUGGAUGCUAGCAAUGGUUCAUCAAUAUCUUCGUGGAUGUGA